UUUAGUGUUUCUUAAAGCCAGAACAUUGGUAUUUCAAACGAUUCUAGAAUGUCAUCAGUUAUUGGAACAACUGAAGGAACAUCCCCGGGGCUUGUAGUCCUCACACCACGUGACACUUUUUUUUUUUUUUUUGCAUCCGCGGUGUGCCCUUUAAGGAACCCCGGGUGUCCCUGAACGCCUCAUGGCGGGAGAAGGGUGUGCAUGUCUGACAUGACAAGUCGCCCUCCUCGCGUGCACGCCCCCCGCCCUCUUCACGAGCGGCUCUCGGUUGGUCCGUCAGUCGGUCAUUCUUUAUCCUCCCCUCGUGCGUGUGCGUGACUGCGUGGGAGAAAGACGGACGGAUGAGGACGACCCACUCCGAGGUGGUUGCAAUGGAUCGCCUUUUCCCGCGGAUGACCGAGUGCGUGGACUGCGGGGGUCCGUGAUUCGGAACUCGGAUUUUUUUUGAUUUUUUUUUUUUCUUUUUAGUUCAGAUUCCGCUGUACGUGCUUGUCUCAGAAGGACAUAUCUGACUCGCGUGUUUUUUUUUGGACUUGUGUCGCGCUCCACCAUGAACCACACCAGCGAACAAGCGGACAGCGAUAUCCAGAAGAAAAUCGACCAUGAGAUCAGGAUGCGCGACGGGGCCUGCAAGCUGCUGGCCGCCUGCUCGCAGAGGGACCAGGCCUUGGAGGCGGCCAAGAGCCUGCAGACGUGCAGCACCCGCAUCAUGGCCUACAUGUCCGAGCUGCAGAAGAUGAAGGAGGCGCAGGUCAUGCAGAAGGUCGCGCGGAGGUCGUCGGACGCCGGCCCCAUGGACGCCAGACUGCCGUGCAAAGGGAGAGUGGCCAUAUCAGAUCUCCGUAUUCCCCUCAUGUGGAAAGACACGGAGUACUUCAAGAACAAAGGAGAGCUUCAUCGCUGUGCAGUGUUUUGCCUCCUGCAGUUGGGAGGGGAGAUCUUCGACACGGACAUGGUGAUCGUGGACCGCACGCUGACGGACAUCUGCUUCGACAACACAAUAGUAUUCAGUGAGGCCGGCCCAGGGUUCGAGCUGCGCGUGGAGCUGUACAGCUGCUGCUCGGAGGACGACUGCUCGGCGGGGAGCACGCCCAGGAAGCUCGCCAGCAAGCUGAGCUCCUCUUUGGGUCGCUCGGCCGGGAAGAAACUGCGGGCGACCAUGGAGCCCGGACCCUGCAGUCCUGUCAGCAAUGGAGGGGCGUCGCCUCUUCUGCUGCCCGUUCCUUCUGUGCCGGGCCCCAAGUACCACCUGCUGGCUCAUACCACCCUGUCGCUGUCACACGUCCAAGACAGUUUCCGCACACACGACUUCACCAUCUCCGGCAACGAGGAGUGCUCAUACUGGCUGCCCCUCUACGGAAGUGUGUGUUGCCGCCUGGCAGCCCAGCCUCACUGUAUGACCAAACAGAUGAUGAGCGGACCUUUGAAGGUGUCGCAGUUGGGAGGUGAGCGCCACAGCUGGACUAACGUGCACGGCGUCCUGAAAGGAAGCAGCCUGUGCUGCUACCAACGACCAGAAGACGUGGAGGACAACGUUGACCCAGCCUUCACUAUCGCCAUCAACAAGGAGACUAGGAUAUGCGUGACGGAGAAGGACGCUCAGGGCAAAGCUCAGAACGUUUGCAUCAGUAACCAGUAUGGCGGUGAAGAGGUCACGCACACACUGACCACAGGCGAUGGAGAGGAAACCCACAAGUGGAUGGAGGCCUUCUGGCAACACUUCUAUGACAUGAGCCAGUGGAAGCAGUGCUGUGACGACUUGAUGAAAAUUGACCAGCCGUCGCCGCGGAAACCGGCCCCUGUCACACCCAAGCAGGGCUCCCUUUACCACGAAAUGGUUAUUGAGUCUUCGGAUGAGUUGGGCAGCAGCGUGUCGGACAUGUUUGCUCGGAGGAUGCAGGAGUUGGAGCUGCGCAGCCAGUGGGGCGCGUCCCCCACCUGGAUGUCCCUGUUUGAGGAGAACCACGGCAGGAGCGCCGCCCACCCUCGCCCGUGCACCCCCCGGCUGGCCGGCCACAGCCCGCUCGACCCUCGCCGCCUCUCCCGCAGCCCCGCCAGCCCCCAGCGAGGUCUCCUGUCCUCGGACGCCAGCCUGACGUCGGACAGCGACAGCCACUGCAGCACCAGUCCCUGCUCCCGCCAUCACGGCUGGCCCGAGCUCCCGCCCAGCUUCUCCCUCCUGGCGCCCUCCUCGCCUUCCCGCCUGAGGCCUCGCACGCUGUCCCUAGACGCCAAACUGAGUACGCUGCGGGGGAGGGGCUAUGCAGGGGGCGGGGCCUUCCACUGCACCUGCCAGCCCGCUGCCGCCACCGCCGCCUCCUCGCGGUCGCCGCUGUCCCAGCGCAGCACGCAGACCACGCUGUCCUGCUCCAGCUCCACGUCCAGCAGCAGCUCCAGCAACAGCGAGGGAGGACACAGUCCCGAGUCCUCGGAGUGCGCCGCCUUCUCUCGGCCCUCGCCGGCCCGCCGCAGCCUUAGGAACCUCAGGGCCAGACUGGACCCUCGCAACUGGCUCCAAAGUCAGGUGUGACCUCCCGAGUGGGCUCGUCCAUGAUCAUGUGACUCCUGGGGUGUUUAUAGGACAAGACCAGACUGGUGACAAUCACUAUGAUUAUGACUAUGAUUAUGAUAACGAUUAUGAUUGUGAUUAUGAUCACGAUUACGAUUAUGAUCAUGACUAUGAUCAUGAUCAUUAAUAUGAUCAGGAUUAUGGUUAUGAUCAUUAUUAUGAUUGUGAUCAUGAUUAUGACUGAUCGUUUUUUAUAAUCAUGAUGAUGAUCAUGAUUUUAUAAUUGUGAUUAUUAUGGUUGUGAUUACGAUCAUGACUAUGAUCAUGAUUAUAUCAUGAAUAUGAUCAUGAUUUUGAUCAUGAUCACGAUUAUGGUCAUGAUCAUUAUUAUGAUUGUGAUCAUGAUUAUGAUUGUGAUCAUGAUUAUGACUGAUCAUUUUUAUAAUCAUUAUUAUGAUCGUGAUUUUACAAUCUUGAUUAUGAUUGUGAUCAUGAUUAUGACUAUGAUCAUUUUUAUCAUGAUUAUGAUCGUGAUUUUACAAUCGUGAUUAUGAUUGUGAUUAUGAUCAUGAUUAUAUCAUGAAUAUUAUCAUGAUCACGAUUAUGGUCAUGAUCAUUAUUUUGAUUGCGAUCAUGAUUAUGAUUGUGAUCAUGAUUACGACUAUGAUCAUUUUUAUGAUUAUGAUCGUGAUUUUACAAUCGUGAUUA